CUCCCUAUAGAACUAUAACCCAAAGAGUGGUGAGCACAGGAGAUAAUGAAUGGAAGUUGACAUGUCAGUCAAAAGGAUACCCACAAGCUGAAGUGAUAUGGCAAAACAGAGAUAAUGAAGAUUUGACUGAUAAGGCAAACACAAGUUAUGAAACUGGAAGUGACCAGCUGUAUCUCGUGACCAGUACCCUUACAAUCAAAAGCAGAAUUGAUGAGAUCUUUUGUUGUAUAUUCUGGAAUAAAGAGCUGCAAGAAAAUACGUCUGCCAUUUUACACAUAGCAGAUUCAGCUGACGGUGUUCUGUGGACUGAGAGCAGACGCUUUGUUGGAGCAAUUGUCAUCUUGACUGCUUUCUUUGGAUCAGUGCUUCUAUUUAUGCUCUGCAUAAGAAAAGCUAGAACAUAUAAGGACAACAGAACACCUGUCGAUAGUUCAUCAAUAGCAAAGCUAUCAAAAGAUAAGGAUACACAUGACUGCAGAGAUGCUUCUUUUGAAGACAAAGAGCUGAAAUAUAUGCAACUUGAGAAGACCUAG